AUGCCAAUUGACAGCAAAGGAUGUGGUAUGCUGUGUGAAGCCUGCCAGGAAAUCUUUCGCGGGCAGCAGAUCCUGAGUACUUUUCGGACGACAUCUGACGACCAGUCGUCCGAUUGGAAGCCCCAGACCCAUCACUCCUCUCUGCAGUCCUUUGUCAAUGCCUCGGACUCGGGUUGUCCUGUCUGUUAUGAGUUCCGGUCUUCAAUAGGAGAAAACCGUUUAGAGAUAUUCUCAGGUUUUUCCACAUCGGACGAGUUCUCGUAUUGGACAUUUGAACAUCGAGAAGGUGGUGGAUAUAACCUUAGCCUUGAUCUUCAUGCGGACUACGACAACCUCAUCGAAGAGUGCUUGCGCCUGCACCUCCAAGUCUUUCCACUUCAAAAGGCAAUUGCCGUCUGUCGCCGGUUUUCAAUACCUUAUCUGUGGAUUGACUCCCUCUGCAUCAUCCAAGACUCUGUAGCCGAUUGGCGCGCCGAAGCCGCGUCGAUGGAAGGCGUCUACAGCAACAGCAGGCUCAAUAUCAUGGCCACUGCUUCUCGAAACAGCCACGAGGGGCUCUUCCGAUCACGCGACCCGAGACAUCUCGCACUUUGCAUCGUCGAGUCGGAAUGGACCGAUGCCGGGAAUGAUCGAUUCAUUAUUGUGCAAGAUGAGAUGUGGCAAAUGGAGAUGACGGACGCGCCUCUCAACCAGCGAGGCUGGGUCCUCCAGGAACGCAUCCUACCGCCGCGCGCCCUGCACUAUGGCGAGCACCAGCUACUCUGGGAAUGCCGAGAGCUAGACGCAUGCGAGAAAUAUCCAACAGGCCUGCCAAAAGUCUUGCGUAAUAUCUUUACGGGAGUCAAGAUCACCGAUCCAGUGGCCUACCGAAUUUACGAACACGGCUGGAAAACUAGAAAUAGGGACAGUGUUGACCAAGAGAAACGCUUGGAGACGGCGAUAGACUCUGCGUACGAGCUUUGGAGGCGCUGGAUCUGCACGUACAGCAGCAUGCGGUUCACUCGGUACUCGGACCGGCUCAUCGCCUUCAGCGGGCUCGCCAGUCGCAUGCGGGCCAUCCUCCGAGACGAAUAUGUCGCAGGAUUAUGGCGGUCCAGGCUCAUUGACGAGCUGCUAUGGUUUACCUUCGGCCAUGGCUCGAUUGAGUACGAGCUCAAGCCUUACCGGCCGCCCGACGGCGGUGCACCUAGCUGGUCAUGGGCGUCUCUCACCGGAGAAAUCAUCACUAGCAAUGUCGAUCAGUUUACCAGCAAGGUCUAUCACCUUGAUCUGAAAUCGGUCAAUGUGACGCCAGUUUUCGGGAGAGAGGACGAUGCUAACAACAAUAAUACAGGCGCCAUAUUGGACGGCCAGAUCCGGAUAAAAGGAUUUCUCAAGCGAGCAACCCUACUCAAAACAGUAUAUCACAUGCCAGAAGAAGACUAUGAGGCUCCUGCGACGAUAUAUAGUGUUGAAAUUGAUGGGAUGCAACCAUGCAACCCAUAUGUCGACGAGCACAUGGCAAAUCGGGACUCAAUGGGGAUUGUCGUCCUGCCUGUGCUUACAAAUUGGGAGGACUCGGAUUCGGAUCCGAAGAACAAAGAACUGCAUGUAUUGCUGCUUCGGAGGCCAGCCGAAUUGCCUAGAGGGUUCUAUGCGAGGGUAGGCUAUGUGUCCGGGCCAGAAAAGAAGUUCUCUGGCAGCCAGUUGGGUGACUUUUUUUGCAACCACCAGACUGCUGUCUCAGCGCAAGGAAAUGGAGGAGGCGGUACGGGGUUUCGAAAUACGCUGCGAAAGCUGGUCAAGGCAAAAGAGCCGAGUAGAUCAGGAGGCUCAUGGCCAAAACUUGGGGACGAAAAGCUGUACCUUCCAGGUGCCUAUGGGGAGUUCAUCCUUGUUUAA